AUGUCAGCACUGGAUGAUGUACCAUCUCAACACAGAUCAAAAAAAAGAAAAAGAAAAAGGCCACCCACAAGUCUUCAUAAAGGUGCCAUGCAACACGUCCAUCAAGCCAAUGGACCCGAAAUUCUUCCUGCCCUGGACGUGAUGGCUCUCGUGGCUCAUGACGCCCGCCACCUCGCCCAGCUCGUGGAAAUACAGGCCGGCCAGCUCGGCCACGACGCCCAGCAGCAGCAUGGUCGGGAAGUGCGUGCGCGUCAGGGCGACGGCGCCCAUAAAGGCCCCGAAGCCAACCAUGAGAAACUCGACCGGGUGGACGUAAAAGGCGCCGAGGCAGACCUUGUCGGCCAUGCGGUGGUGCAUGGCGUGUACGGGGCGGUAAAAGAGGCGCGUGUGCAUCAGCCGGUGGAUGUAGUAGAACAGGACCUCGAAGACGAGCAGCGACGCAAACACCUCGACGACGAAGCCGCCCGCCGUCGGGAACCCCGUCACGGAUAUGCUCCUGCGGUAGUCCGGGGACAGCGCUCGCAGGCACGCGACGUGGACGACAAACGUGGCCGUCAGGUUCACCACGGCCCAGGGCACAAACUUUCUUAUUCCCGGCCGAGACGCCGCAUGGCCGACGUAACGGUUCAGCGAGUACGCGAGCGCGAUGAAACUCUGCACCGCGAAGCUGGCGUACGCCUCCCUCAGUCCGGCAGGGCAGCGGUGCCAGAACGCGACCAGCGGUCCGAUCAUGGUACUGGGCUGGCGGGUAUCACGGAAAUAGAACACGGCGAGGGGGAUGAGCUGGAUGGUCGCUUUCAUGGCAAUGGGAGCCGCUGCUGUUCAAGGGGGGGGAGCGGGAGGGAAACGCCCAGAUGCAAAGUUACCUUGGUGCGCCGUCUGUCCGCUCAGGCUCAGGUGUGA